CCCACCCUGGCGACCGGCCCCAGAUCCUCCAUCCCACCUCUCAGCCCUCCAAGUCCACUCCCAGCCGGGGAUCCGGAGCCUCCAGUCAGUGGCUGGCAGUGAUGGUGAAAGUAUAGGAAACUGCCCCUUUUCCCAGCGGCUCUUUAUGAUUCUUUGGCUCAAAGGAGUUGUAUUUAGUGUCACAACUGUUGACCUGAAAAGGAAGCCUGUAGACCUGCAGAACUUGGCUCCCGGGACCCACCCACCAUUUAUAACUUUCAACAAUGAAGUCAAAACGGAUGUAAAUAAGAUUGAAGAAUUUCUUGAAGAAGUCUUAUGCCCUCCCAAGUACUUAAAGCUUUCACCAAAACACCCAGAAUCAAAUACUGCUGGAAUGGACAUCUUUGCCAAAUUCUCUGCAUAUAUUAAGAAUUCAAGGCCAGAGGCUAAUGAAGCAUUGGAGAGGGGACUCUUGAAAACACUGCAGAAACUGGAUGAAUAUCUGAAUUCUCCCCUCCCUGAUGAAAUUGAUGAGAAUAGUAUGGAGGACAUUAAGUUUUCUACACGUAAAUUUCUGGAUGGCAAUGAAAUGACAUUGGCUGAUUGCAACCUGCUGCCCAAACUGCACAUUGUCAAGGUGGUGGCCAAAAAAUAUCGCAACUUUGAUAUUCCAAAAGGAAUGACUGGCAUCUGGAGAUACUUAACUAAUGCUUAUAGUAGGGAUGAGUUCACCAAUACCUGUCCCAGUGAUAAGGAGGUUGAAAUAGCAUAUAGUGAUGUAGCCAAAAGACUCACCAAGUAAAACAGUACUUAGGCGAGAGAUGUCUUCGCAUCUUUCCCUGAUUAAGAAUAUGCUUUUCCUAACAGACUGCUCCUCUUCCUUUAAAGUAGAAAUUUUAUUUUGCAUGAACAUGGCAGUUAUUCAAGAUUAAGAUAAAGGAUAGACAAGAUAUAGUAGCUAUCUUUAAAUAUACACUCCUAAGCAGUAUUAUUUUAAAAUUCUUUUGACCCUGCCUACCUUCCUGACCUCAUAUCCUCCUCAUCUCUAAUUUGGAGACUCUUCUUCACAAACUUUUCACUUUAGAGGUAGUUUGCCAUCCUUUUGGAGCCCUCACCAUUGCGUGCAUUCACUAUGUGUAGGUGGCAGGACUUUUGAGGUGCAGUGUUCAGCUGUUAAAAUAGUAACCAUGACCUCAUCAGUCAGUCCCAAACUGGUGCAUAAUGCAUGGUACAAGGAAUAUUUAUGUAUUUUUGGAAUUUUGUAAUAUUUAGCAAGAGUAUAUGAAAGGAUUGCUACUGUAUCAAAAUACUCUUUCAAAUUAGUCUGUCUUGGAUGUAUACUAAAGGGCGUUAGCACUGGAGGAGAGAGCCUUCCACACACAGAAAGUCACUCACUACAGAUUUUGCUAUACUUUGUACAUGGAAUUUUACUUUUCCUAAGAGCAUUUUUUCUUUAUACCAAAUAUAACAUCUGACACUAUGUAGAAGCUAAAAGUUUAGAGGGAGGAAUGAUAUUCUCAAGAUUGUCUCCAGCAUUUUAUCCAUGUAAGGGAAACCAGUGGGCACCUGAUACUCUAAAUGUGGUUUUCGUUGUUUAUUCUGCCCAGUGCCAUUCAUUUGGAACAUAAUUGCUUUCUUCAUUUAUUUUAAAAAGUUCCUUUUUAGUUAAGUGUAGACUUUGCUGUUUGUAGAUCUUUUGAGCAACACUACAUAAACUAUUUAGUUCAUUUAUCUAUAACAGUACAGUGAUUAGUAAGGUAAAAAUUAACACUUACAGACAUUAACCUAAGGAAUGUAGGGUGAGUUUGUCAAAAUAUCAAGUAGAAUUUUGUCUCUAAAGCAUAUUUAAUGUGGUAAUCUAAAGACCGCAUUAUCCAACCUAUAUUAAAAAAAUAGAUAAAACAUACAGAUUACCAGCUUUCCCUUUCUGCCCCCAUUUACUGUUAGACUUUGGGUAGCAGAUGGGUCACUCCUUUUGGACUAAAUUAUAAUUGUUAUGGUGAGUAUGUAUUUACCACAGCUUUGCCUAAUCUCAAUCAUUGUAUUUCCUUCAAUUAAAUUUUUCUAUAGCCACAUUGAGGAAUAGCACUCUGCAUGUUUGUUUUUUUAAAUUGAAGUCAUAAACCAGUAAUUAUUUGUGCUCUAACAAGGCAGGAUGAACUUGGUGAAAAUAGAACAAAAGUUUGCUAUGUAUUUAUUCAUUUUUUAAAAAUUGGACUUUCUAAGGACUACUCCAAAGAUGGGGUUGUGAUUAUAUUACAUUUUUGGUAAUUUUUUAUACCUAGCUUGUUUAAGAAGUGCUAUUUCUCAUAGGAUGUUUUUGGAAAUUUUAAGUAUAUUGCUUUAAAUCGGCAACAGUUUUCCUCCUUUGAUAUGCUAACAUUUAGUAAGCACUGGCUUUAUGGAAGCAGCCUGAUUUUUAUAAGCAUACUGCAUUUUUUAACUUAUCAGUAAUUAGCUUAAUAUAGAAAGAUAAGAAAAGCUCCAUAAUGUAUCCAUUUGGCUCAGGGAGAUGUUUUUGCUUUGCCUUUCUUAGAACUCCUUGUUGCUGAUCAAAGAGUUUGGCACCCACCUUUUUGUAAUUAAAUAUUGGAUGAUGAUUUAUCUGGUUUCAGGAAGAAGCACUAUAAAGUUAUCUAUUGAGAAAUUCUAUAGCAGCAGCUUCAGUGGGUGAAAAUGUCACAUGUGUCCCAGUACACAGAUAGCCAUCAUCACUUUUCACCUAUUUUUUCGGGUGAUAUUGAACCUUGUCUCAAAGCUUUAAGUAUGAAAAAGAUCAAAAAGAAGGGGUGUCUGUUCUUUCAAGCGAAUGAUGGACUAAGUGGUACAUAGUAGAGGGCAGCUGAGGAACAAUAUUUCUUAAAAUAGAGUGAUGAAAAAUGCAUUCUAAGACUUAGUUGUGAAGUAUUUUCACCUUGGCUAUUGUGCCUUUUUUUUUUUUUUUUAAAUUUACCCCAUGAUUACCCUUGGCUGUCUCAAUGAUCAAGGAGGGCAGGUCUGUCUAUCUGUUAUGAUUUUGAUAAGGACAGAAUUAUUUUCUUCCAUAGAAAGACAGAUCUUAUUACUUUAUCAGGGGAAUUAGUCAAAUGAAAUUGAGAUUGGCAAUUGGAGAAAAGCUAGUAAAAGAUGAUCCUAGAACAUGCUCUCAACUCCAUCUUAUAUUUGUGGAAAGAUCAUAGCUUAAAAUCUUAGGAGAUUUGGGAUAAAAGUUUUCAUGGCAAUUUAUGUAGUGUAUGGGUUUACAUAAUGGAAAUCAUCUGAUAUUAUUUCUGCAACUACUGAAUCAUUUCCCUUUUCAUUUAAACUAACAAGGAGAUUAGAGUCUGAACGGAAGCUCUCACUAUUUCCCAAGGGAUUCUGAGAAUGUUUUGUGUUCAAUAGUUGGAAAGCUCUCUACCAUUUCAGUUGAUAUGACUUCCUUUUUUUCA